AGGUAAAACGUGAACACCCACAAAGGGGAAAAAAAAAAAAACAAAACACCUAAUUCAGACUGUGUGAGUACCUGGCCGUACUUGUAUGACCUGAAUGGGGCAGCGAGGCUCCACACAACCAGAGGUCCGGGUCCUCCUCCUGGGUCUGGACAACGCGGGAAAGUCGACCAUCUUGUACAAGCUGAAACACAACAAGCUCGUCGGCACGGUUCCCACCAUCGGCUUCAACGUGGAAAUGAUCGACGUGAGGAAGAAGAAGAAGAACUUGGCUCUGACCGUGUGGGACGUUGGCGGCCAGGUGGAAAUGCGACGCCAUUGGCGUAGCUUCUACCAGGACACCGCUGCCGUCGUCUUUGUGGUGGACAGCGCGGACAGGGGCAGGGCGCAGGAGGCCAAACGGGAGCUGGAGAACGCCCUGAGGAGCGAGCAGCUCCGCGGCCGUCCGCUCGUCGUGCUCGCCAACAAGCAGGACGUGGACGGCGCCAUGACCGUGAGCGAAGUCAAAGACUACUUCAACCUGAAGAGGAUUUGCGCCGAGAGGGACUGGUGCGUCCAGCCGUGCUCCGCGUCCACGGGCUUCGGCCUGGAGGAAGCUCUCAAGAUGGUCAGCCACACGAUCAAACUGCCGUCGGAAUCCGCAGCCCACGUCAAGGAGAACAUUAAGGGCACAGUGAGUUACAUCAAAGCCAAGUCUGUGAGGCGUUGAGUGUGGAUUUUGAUUGGAUUUGUUUCCCCAACACUUGGGAAUAACCACAAAAAAAAACGAAACAAAAAAGUGUCAUUUAAUAAGAUGGCACUGCUAAGAAACGACUUGAACUGUGGCAAUGUUUAAGCCAAAACAAAUAUUGUAAUUUAAAAUAGUACUACAGUUUUAAAAAAAUGGUCUUUAGUUUUGAAAUGUUUCCCUCAAAACAUGCAAUUACAGUACAGUAGUUGUAAUAAACAAGUUUUGAAAUUUUUCUAUAAAAUCACUGAUACUGUAUUGUGGAAAAUACAUCCAUCCAUCCAUUUUCUGAGGCGCUUCUCCUCACUAGGGUCGCGGGCGUGCUGGAGCCUAUCCCAGCUGUCAUCGGGCAGGAGGCGGGGUACAUCCUGAACAGGUUGCCAGCCAAUCCCAGGGCACAUACAAACAAACAACCAUUCGCACUCACAGUCACACCUACGGGCAAUUUAGAGUCUCCAAUUAAUGCAUGUUUUUGGGAUGUGGGAGGAAACCGGAGUGCCCGGAGAAAACCCACACAGGCACGGGGAGAACAUGCAAACUCCACACAGGCGGGGGCUGGAGAUUGAACCCUAGUUGGUCCCAUAAUGCAAAUGUACACUAUUUUGUUUGCAACUUAAUUUUAAGCGUGGCAAUGUUUCAACCAAAACAUAAAUCAGAACUUGUAAACGGGAAAUCUUAUAAUCAACACUUCGGUCCUUCAAGGAUCACUGAUACAAUAUUUUGGUAAAUUUCAUUUGAAUUUUAGCUUAGAAAAUUUGGCAAGCGUUCUGUAAUGAAAAUGUGUACUAACAUUUAGUAAGCAAUAGUGUCAGUGUUUCAACCAAAGGUAGAUACUUUUUAGUCCAAGACCUGAAAAAAGGCUGUUUUGAAAUCUGAAAAACAUACAUCAAUACUUGCGUACCGUUUCAAUCAGCUACAGACACUGUACACAAAUAAUGGACUGAGGUUUUGCAAUCUUCCGAUAUAAAUUCCUAUAAAGAAGACUGGUAUCAUAUUGUAAACAUUUCAUUUGAAUUUUGGUUUCAAAAAGUUACCAAUUAGUCCCAUAAUGGAAAAAACGUACACUAUUUUGUAAGCAACCUCAUUUGAAUUGCGGGAAUGUUUCCAACAAAUUGUAAAUACGCCAAUCAAAACCUUUUAGUACUAGACUAAAAAUGGACUGUAGUAUUGAAUCUUAACACUUUAAUCAUGUAAGGAACAUCAGUUUUGGACAUACAAUAUAGUAAAUACUAGACUUUACACCGAUUUUAUCGGCCUUAUCGGUAUCGGCCGAUAAUUAGCAUUUUAUGCUGAUCAGCUGUAAUGUCAUAAUUCGCCGAUCCGAUCAAUGACGUCAUUGAUCGGCUCCGCAAAAGACAUUUACUCCGCGUCGCCAUCGUGCACAGUAUAUUUGAAUCCAAAAGUACCCCGCCUGCUGCCCGAAGAUAGCUGGGUUAGGCUCCAGCACUCCCGCGACCCUUGUGAGGAGAAGCGGCUCAGAAAAUGGAUGGAUGGAUGGAAGAUUGCACUGUCAGACUACUGCAAUAAAAUCUUGUAUUCCGAUACCACCGCAUCCCGUUUUUUUACGAUCAUUUGGCAUUAUCUUGUCAACUCAAAUGCGACCGGAUACACUCGUUACCGUGACGACGACAACAAGAGUGGAUCGCGCCGACUAUAUUAUUAUUAAAAUGGGGUAAAACGUGUGUUGGUGGUCACCGGUGCUCAGGAGAGGAGAGGAUGUUCUUUUAAGGCUUGCUUGAGGUAUGUUCACGUACUUUUAAUACGAUACGGCUCAGAAGCAGGCAAUAAAAUGUUAUGUAGCCUAGCAAGUGAGUGGUAGCACGAACGGUUGUGCGUAAACAUGCCGCCAUUCUGUCGAAUCAUGCUCUAAAUUUUCGGUGUGGGAGAAGUCAUUUAAUUAAAAAUAAUUUAAUUCCAUUAUUUCUGUCAUGUAAUGUUGUUUCGACCUGACUGAUUAGAAUACACGAUCUGACUGGAGCAGUGAUUUCCAACCUCUAUGGAGCCAAGGAACAUAUUUUACAAUUGAAAAAUCUCACGGCACACCAACAAACAAAAAUGUCGCAAAAAGCGGAGACGUUAAUUACUGUAUUUACUUCCUGCCAUCUAAUAGAAGACCAUUCAUUUGUUCUGUCUCUCACUAUGCCUCACUGGUAUAAAUAGAGGAACAAAGAUACAUUUAUUGUAAAUAUAAUUUUUUGAGCAAUUAAGUACACAGGUAUAUACAGUAAAAGAACAGGUCAUUUAAAUAGACACAUUCCUGCAUCUUGUGAUCGGAUCAGUUUUUUAAACUCGCUGAUAGGCCCCAAAAAUUCUGAUCAUGGAAAGACUAGUAAAUACAUUUCAUUUGAAUGUUUGACCAAAACAUGACCAAAUUAUCAAAAUGUUUAGUUAUAUGAAAUGAUGAAUGAUAAUGAAAAAGUGUUUAGAUAUCACUUUUUAAUGCUGAGACAACCUUUUGUAAACUUCUGCACCCACCCCCCCAAUGACUAGCAGUGUGUAUAGAAAUUCAGGGGUGAAUGUGUACCAGAUAAUACAUUGGAUGUAUUGUAAAAAAAAAAAAAAUUAUCCACAUUGUUUGAGCCCAGAACAUCGUAUACUUUUGUCAAAGAGUUGAGAACCAAGUUAGUGAACUGACAGGCAUGUGAAAGUCCAGAAACCAUCUGGUGGGAUACAUUUUGGUAGUUAUAUUUUCAUUUUCUACAUUCAAUUAUUUAAUAUAAUUAAUUUAAUAGUAUAUUCAUUAUUAUUCAGUUAUUUGUUAGUAAUUAUAUAAAACAUACAGAAGCCGAUUCCUUUUGUCACAAACAUUUCUGUGAUGAAUGUUGAACUUGUUUGACAGACCAAACUUAUCUUUUACAUUUCCUUUGUCACACUGGCAAAAAUCAGUGAAAGUAAAAAUAAAAAAAUAUAUAUAUACCUUAUUGUGUGUAUGUCAGGUGGACCAAACAAUGAGCUGGCAUUAAAUUGAGUGGCUACAGAGUGGCUGUAAUAAGUCACCGCUGACAUCACUUGACUGUAACGUGAUCCUUGUUUUGCUGAAAGACACUGUAGGCAAAUACAGUUCAGCACUAUUCAUUCCUGAAAUUACAGUAAUAAAUGGGCAUACUGCACAUUCUAUGAAAUGUAUGUUUAGUUCGAUUUACAUUUCUGUGGUGGACAUCUAUGCAUUGUUUUGUCAUUUUGAGAAAUGUUGAAGAGAACAACGUAUAUGGCUUAAUGUGAAUAAAAUUAAUGUUUCAAGUU